UACAAUGCAGCAUCUUUGAGAAAGGCAUCAGUCUUCACAUUGACAUAAAUAUAAUUAAUCAGAAAAUGCUUGAUAUCUUUUUAGGUUAAAGGUAUUUUCACUUGCAGGUUAUUUCUUAAGCAUAUACUGUUGAGAAAAUCAUCUCAUGAAAAUGGCUUUGUCACUGGAGCAGUUUAUUUCUUCAUUGGAUUGCAAAACUCUUCCCAGAAUAAUACAGAUUCAGUCAGGGAUCUAUUUUCAAGGUUCUAUCUAUGAGAUGUUUGGGAAUGAAUGCUGCCUUCCUACUGGUGAGGUUAUAAAGAUUAUAAGCAUUAAAAUCUCAAAAGUGUCUGCAGAAAUUCACAAUGAAGAUGAAGACAAGACAUGUUUUGAUUUGCCACUAGACUUUCCAGGUCUUUUCAGGAUUGUGGCAGAUAGAAAGCCCUACGUCACCCUGGGUGAGAUUGCAAUGACUUCUGAGAUAUGCCCCAGCAGAGUGAACCAAAUCAAAAUCACAAGUGCAAAUGCGAUCCAAGUGAACGAUGAGGUGAUCCAAAGAGAUGAGAGCAUAAUACUGUCUUCCUUAGCGGAGGAAAGCAGUGAGCAACUGGUGAACUGUGAAGUUAUCCGGAAAGACAAAAAGCUCACCUUUACACUACCUCUGUCCUUCAAAGGAGAAUUUUAUGAAUGUGAAGAUGACCAGUUUUAUACACUUGCUGAGAUAAUAGAGUGGAAGAUGCCAAAGGGUCGAAAGCGAACAGUGAACAUGGCAAAGACGACUACAGUCCAAGAAUUUUUUUUUAAUUACUUGCCUGAGAAUUUCAAAGGUGAAUUAGACCUUGCGCCCAUAUACGAACUGCAAGCAGUAAUGAAGUUUCGCAAGGACAUUGUGCAUAUACCAUCCACUCUUGAUGUUGAAGUGAUAGAUGUGACUGAUAAAUAUGACAUGAAUUCAUUUGUGCAGCCUUUGUCACUACAUGACAUAUUUAGUCGACAUCAUGAAGACUUCCCUAUGGUGGCUGAAAUUAUUGAAGGCCCUGAGCAAACUCAAGAGUCUUUCAAGUUCCUGAAGUCCUGCAAGGAGAUCAUAAUAUACAAAGCAUUUGAAGCUAAGAGAAUCCUGGCAUCAGAGAUAAGAAGUGACUCCCAAAAAUAUUUUUUAAUUCCGACUUCUUAUAAUGGCAAGUUCAAAAGAAGGCCCCGUGAGUUUCCAACGGCAUAUGACUUGGAAAUUGCCAAGAGCAACAAAGAGCAAUUGCAUGUGGUUGCAACUAAAGAAUUUGGUUCUCACUAUGAAGGCCUUCAGACAGUUUCAAUUGGAGACCAGUUCCUUGUCCAACAUCGAGAAACAAGUGAGGUUAUCUAUGAUGGAACUCGAAAAAUGGUGGAAGCAUUGGCUUGCGAGAAGAUUAAAAAAGAUGGUUACGAGUCUGUAUUAAUACCCAUGUGUAUGGAAGGAGGAUUUGUGGAAGUGAUACAUGACAAGAAACAGUAUCAAAUAUCUGAAAUCUGUCAAAAAUUCCAGUUGCCUUUCAAUGUUAAAGUAUCUGUUAGAGACUUAUCAAUCAAGACAGAUGUCUUAGCUACCAUGCCUGGCCUUCAUUUAGAAGAAGAAAUUACUGGUUCUUAUCUUCUCAUGGCUCCACUUCACAACCAGGCGGAAAGCUAUGAAAUCCCAGUAAAUCGAAUUAAAGUGUCUUUGCAGCUGCUCUUCAGACCUGACAAGGAAACUGAGAUUCCUCCAGUUAAAACAAUAGUGGAGCAGAUCAGCGAGGACUGCUACUACACUUUACGCCGAUACGUAAAUGCUACGCUGAUCCCACCUCCUCGGCCACCAAAGAAGCCCCUGGAACAAUCAACAUCAUCAUUGCAACCAGGCCAACCAAACAAACCUGACACAAGCAGCACACCUAAGAGUCCACAGUUAAACAUUCCCAAGAUGAAGCAUGCUCAGUCUGCAUCUCCAGAUCUCAAAAAUUCCUUGCCUGAAAAAGAAAUCAAGAGGAAUCUCCUUGUCGAAAGUGCAAAGAGUGUGGAAAAAGCUGCAAACUCAAUGAAUGAAACAAAAGAUGACUAUGAAUAUAUUGACCAGGAAGAAGUGGAAGGCAUUAGGAAAAAAAUGCAAGGAAUAAUUGGAGAAGCAAAGCCCAAAUACAUAACAAAUGAAGGCAACCAGUAUGAAUAAUGUCUAAUGUAACGUUGCAAGUCGAAAUUCUAUCAUUCAUUAAUGUCAAUUUAGACUUUCUUACUUUAUGUUUUUUUUUAAUUUGUUUCAGUAAAUGAGGAUUUUGUCAGGUCUUUCAUAAAGUAUAAAUGGAGUACCUACAUUUGUUAGAUGUCACUUUACUAAUUGGUAUGAAAUGUAAUUCUCUAGAGGUUAAAUAUACUAUUUAGCUAUUUCAUUACACUUAUUUUUUCUGGAUAGAAUAAUUGGCUCGGCUUGACAAGCCAAGACAAAAUGUAGCAACAAAGCAAUUUAUGCUUCUAUUACCAUCACCACUGUAGAGAAUCAAAGCUGUUAUGCCAUUGACCUCACAUAAUUGUAUGAAUCCAUUUUCGACUUUGCAACUGAAGUCUGGUUUUCAGGUACUGCACUCCUGAGAUUAUGUAAUUUUUUUGUUCUUUUUUUUACUGUAUUCUAUCUGAGAUAUUCAUUUCUUUAAAGCUAUGUCUUCUUUCCAUCUGUGAUUUAAAUCCUAUACAGCUCACAGUUCUCAUGAGUAUUGCUCGCAACUGAGCAGAAAAUGUCCUUUUUCAUUUUAAAUGUCUAAUUUGCAAUUGUCUUCAUGAUAUUUGUAACUUUUUUCAGUUAAACUGAUCUGGCUGCUCUUCUGCCAUGAUUUAUGAGUUGGUAAUGUGUGUGUUUAUUUAUCAGUCCAUUUUCCAUCAUCACAUGAGUUAUUUAUUUUAAGUUCAGGGAAAGCGCACCACUUCUGUGUUUAUUAGUUUUUGUUGGAUGAGAUGGGUCACUAGGUAAGACAAAUCUAUUCACUGAAAGAGUUAGCUAUUUAAAUAAGACAUAUUGAUUCUCCAGCACUGGUAUGCCCUUUAUUAAAGUUAUAUUUUGCUCAGAUGCUAAAAAGAACUGUCAUAUUAACAAAGAUUCUGUGUGACAUGCUGAAUAUAUAUCUUUAUUUGUAAGCCCCAGUGGUUCAUACCUUCUUCUUUUGAGAACAGAUUUAUGCUGUGGUCUUUAAUUGCAAACUUUUAGUAAGGAAACUUUUUAUUUUUUUUACAUUACUUAAAUAGCAACAAAUGAAAAUGCUUUAUUAUCCAGUAGACCAGUGAUGUCCAGAUCAAGGCCAUAUUAAACAUAAUACUGAGGUUUUUUUCCAAACCUGGAGUCUUCCUACAGUAUUAACUUCAAAAUUUUAUCUACCAAGUAUCACCCACAGAAAUGUGUCCCACUUAAAUCAGACCAAAUGCAAAAUCAUAUGUUUAAUAAACUAGUGUUUUCUCCUCAGACUGUCUUAUCUCUGUACAUGUGUUACAUACACAUAUGCAAGCUGAGGGCUGCUCAGGAAAAAAAAUCUAAAUAAAAUAAACAUUCAGAUAAAAUAAAACACACAUAUAUCUCAUAUUUAAAAUACGAGAAAUCAGUUAAGUCAGCCAUUUUCUAAACCGCUUAAUCCUGAACAGGGUUUCAGGGAGUGCUGGUUAGGGAUAGGGUUAGGGUUACGAUUAAGGUAAAGCAUAAUUACACUUUUUUAAAAACUUAUUUGUGAGCUCAUGCAUAUUUUUUUCCCAAUUUCAACUAAUCUGUCUCUCACGUGAGAUACCUAAAGUUCCUAUGACAAAUAGCAGGGGUCAUUAGUUUGACUUCCACCACCAUAGGUAACUUGACACGAUUUUUAUUGACUGGUAGAACUGAUUUUAUUGACUGAUUUUUGUUGACUUGUAGAACAUUAACAUGUUAAUGGGAAAGAUCUUGCAUAACAUUAAAAAAGGUACAGUAGAUGUUACAAGUAAAAAGUAUAUAGCUGUCUCUCUUUUGUAUUUUGUAUCAUAUUUUCACCAAGCCAUUUUAUCAUGGUGAGGUGAAGCCUCUUUUGGAAAUUUAUAGACCAAGUGGCUUUGGCUAUGACUGUCACAAGCUUUAUUUUUGCCUAUUUUUUGUGGACAAUGUAAGCAGGUAGUUAAGUCUAACAUCUUUAUAUACAAUGCUGUGAAGUACAUAAAUGAAAUCAUUAGAUUAUCAUGGCACACUCGAUUCCUGUUCUCCUUGAGAGUUUUGUCAUCAAAAACAAAAUCUAACAUCUAAUGAUAAAUAACAGUGAAAUAAAAGUAAACAAAUAAUAUGAAGUAUACGAUAACAGCAGAUCUCCUUUGCAAAGCAAAGUGAUGUCCUUCAUACUGAAUUUUAUUUUCCAAUUCAAAAUUUUGUUUAUGAUACAGAAAGCUGUCCAUGAGAAAUACAGAGGUUGUUGGGUAAUGGUCUGUCACCAUAAGGGUGUUUAGUUAUAAGCAUUAAAUUAUUAAGGCAAGUUGUACUGGGAACUAAAUAUAUUUGAAUUAAAAAGGCAAAUUAGUAGAAAUAACAGUGAUGUAUCAAAUGAGUGGGAAGUGAAAGACCCCGGGGUGGUGACAUGUACCUUUUAGAAAGGAAAUAUAUAGUGGUAAAGAAUGUUCAGAUAAUCUUCACAUGUCAAGCUUGACAAUGUGCCAGCUCAUAUAUGUAAAAGUGAUUUGUAAACUGCACUUUGAUAGGUUAUGAUGGGGCUUUCCAUUCAGUGAAAAUGAAAUAUUUUGGUCCAAAACCAUGUCCAUGAAGCUUCUAGCGUAAAAGGCUUCUUUUCUGUUUAAGUUAUCUAGUCAGUUUAAAUGAAGAUAUAUACUGCUCACAUAAUAUAAAGAAUAGAAAGUUUCUAAAAGUUUCAUUUCAAAAUGAUAGCAAAAUAUCUCAGUCACCAUAGUUUGGAACCUUGUGUUAACUAUAAGCGUGGGAGGGAAGGGAAAGGAAGAGAAAAUUUCCAAGUUCACAAUAGUUAUGUUUAUUCUUAAGUCCAAAAGAUAAUAUAAAUCAUAUAUGCAGGAACCACACAAGCACUGACUGCAUGGCAACUUCAUAGAUGAUUCUGAUUCAUAAGUUCAACAAAAGCAUAGAUUUCACAAAUACCUUAUGUUCAUAAGUGUAGCAUCUAAUACAUCCAAUAAAAGGCUUUGGGUUUAUAGGAAAUCUUAUGAUGUAGAACUAGAAAUGACAAUUUAGACUGUAACAGAGAGACAUAGUACUCUUUAAUAAUGGCAUCAUUAGGUAACAUGAAAUUAAAGAAAGAGAACUUGUUGGUUAAUAAAUGACAAUGUAUAGGCUUUUUGUAUAAAGACCCAUGUCCACAGUCCCUUAUGAGAACCAAAAUCUUCAGUGUAAUGUGAGCUUUAACUGUAGUCAGUAGAAGGUGUUCACCUUAAAAUGUGAGAGAAGGUUAGAGUAUAAACCAAAUGGGAUCAUUGCCUGUUGGUUGCACUGCAGCAAUCUUGUCAUCAACAGCUCCACAGCCUGUCUGUGGUUGGGUUUCCAUGUUAGGCCUAGCAGUUGCAGCUGAGUAAUUAGCCACUCAUGUGAGUAUUCUGCAGUUGCAAGAUUACAGCUUGUGAUUGUUUCCUUGAUGCCCAUUGCUGUGCAUACUUUCUUGGGCAUCUCAGAGCAAGCAGGUGGAAGUGUGGGAGUUAGAUAAACAUGGGAAGAUCACAAAGUAAACUGUCAAGUCUUCUGCAAUGGCUGCUGGUCUCCAGUAUAUUCUGCCUUAAUAAUAAUAAUUCUUUGCAUUUAUAUACUGUAGCACUUUUCUCACUACUCAAAGCGCUCAGCAAUUGGAGGUUAAGGGCCUUUCUCAAGGGCCCAACAGAGCAGAGUUCCUACUGGCAUUUAUAGGAUUCAAACCGACAACCUUCAGAUUGCCAGUGCAGAUCCCUAGCCUCAGAGCCACCACUCCGACUUAAUGCGCCAUUGUGGAUUCCGCUUCUUCUUGUGCUGAAUUCCUGUGUUCUGCUCCUUGCUUUUGUUAUUUUAUUAUUAUUAUUAUUAUUACUUGGUUAUUAGUAAGCAGGUACCACAGUUCAUUUGCCAUGUAGCUUCUUUGGUGAAGUCAUCUUUUGUGAGCUUACCAGUUGGCUGCUGAUUAGGCUCCUGUUUUAACACAAUUUAGGAGUCCAGCCAGAGGGGCAUUGCAAUAGUUUAAACAACACACAAAUAGUGCCAGGACCAGGUGCUGCAAAGCAAAGAACUCUUCAUAACAUUUGCUGGAUAUUUUUAAGAGAUCAGAAAAAACACUUCAAAAAGUUUUUAAAAACUCUUAAACAAAACUUUAUGAAUAACAGAAAGAAUUGGUGAAGCCCAGAUAAAUGACAGAAAAAAUUAUAUUCACAUGAUAUAUAUUUUUAGUUACCCAUUUCUCCAUUUUCCCAUGUAAAUUAUCCUUGAUCACAUUCACAGGAAACUGGAUCCAUCUCUGGAGCCUCAAUCAGGUGUUUUUAGGUAUUUUGCUAACACUUUAGUUUAGGUACUGCAAAAAUGCAUCUAUUUCUCAUUUACUAUUAGGUAACAAGACGUUUAAAUACAUUUCUUUGGAUCUUCACCACUUUGGAGUGGUCUGAGGUGGAUUCAUUGAUAGUACAUAUUUAGUAUAAGACCUAAAGAUCUUGGCAAUACGUCACGCUGCACAGAGAUGAAUAACCUAUCCACUGAUGUUUUAUAAGUUUUAUAAAGAUCAAAAGAAGCCUUUGUUAAGGUUAUAAAACAUACUGUAAGAAUAAAUGAGUAAUAGAUGCAUUUUUGUUAACAAUAUUUUCAUGCAUUCUGAUUUGGUCAUUAAUUGCAUGUAAACCUCUUGACAAAUGUUAGUACUAGUGAGAUCAAAGAUGGAGUUAUAUGAUUUUUUAUAAGCAUAUCAAUGUUCUUAAAUUUGGAGAUAUUUUUUCCAACAGAUGGAUUUUGCCAACAAAACAAUUAAGAUAAUGAAAUUGAAUCAUGAAGAUUAGCAGGUGUAUUUCUUUCCUGUUUAAUGAUUAAAGCAGUAUUUUAUUUAUUUUAAAAAUGACAUUUAUUUGACAGCUCAUAAAGUCUCAAAAUACAUAACACCAGCAUAUUAUGUGUGAAGCCUUCCAGUGAUGAGUCAAUAGGAGUGAAGGCUUCAUCUUGUUUCUGUCUAAGCAUUAUUACAGAAGCACUUUUCAUUCAGUCAGAUUCUGUGUGAGAUUUCUGAAUAUUUCCUGAGACCUAUAGUAUAUUGUUUUGUUUUUCUGAAUUUUAAUGGCUAACAGUAGGCAUAUGAAUUUUCCUACUUUUGUUAAAUUUUGCAUUUUAUUUAUUUUUUGGAUGGUUUUAUAGAUUUUAUUCAAAUAAUGUAAACAUUUUUCUUAUCAUAAUAAAUACCCUUUUAAGCACACCAUGAAAAAA